AUGCUGUAAGCACUUGAAAUAUAAUGCAUUUCAGUCAAAAGUUAUGUUAUGACUAUUCUCAGCAUUUCUGAAUAAAAUCAAUCAAAACUUUGAAAUAUUGUAUGAGUAUGGGAAUUAUAAUGACAAAGGAAAGACAAAAACAAUAAUACCUCUGUCUAAUUCUUUGUUGCCUACUUAUCUCCAGCACGCAUUACAGUGUUUUUAAAUCCUACAAAGUGCAAACAGUGCAAUAUGAGAGCCGAACGCGGUGAGAAACACCUCCACGCGUGCAGCGCGAGCUGUAGAGAUGUGUGUUCAUGGUUUCAGAACGAUGCUUCUCGUUGGCUGCGCGCCGGGCACGUCAUCAUCAUCAUCUGUCAUCAUCGCUUCAGCUGCAGAAAGAAACAAGUGUAUGAGCGCGAGACAUCAUCCUCCACUCUAACAGUCCUUCUCACGCGGAGUUUCCCAGCAGUCUUCCACUUGCAUCUAGUUUGUUCAAUAUUAAAGGGAUUGCGCAGGAUCGAUUGUGAACAUGGCAUCAAUCUGUGCUGUGGCACACAUUUUUCUCUGUCUUAACGUCGUCAAAGUUUACUCGUCAGAGCUGAACGAAGAUGUUCCUGCAACAGAACCGUCAUUCCACAGUCCAGCUCGAGACAUGAUGACGGUUAAUAUGUACAGAGUUUAUGAUAAAUACAGCAAGAAACAUCAUCAUCAUCAUCAUCAACAACAGAAUGUCAACACAAUCCGCAGCUUCAGAGGAGUCCCAGAGCUCUCCCAUCACAAAGUUGUUUUCCACUUCAACCUGACCUCUAUCCCCGACUCGGAGAUGAUACUGACAUCAACGCUACACUUUCUUGACCAGCAAGCUCGUCAACGGCCUUGGGCCUGCCGGCGUUCCCGCGGAGCCACGUGCCGCCUCCAGUACCUUCAGUCGCUUACCACGGCACAACUUGUUAUUAAGGGAACAUCACCAAAUGCUGCCGUCCCCUCUCAGCUGUGCAACAUCACAUUGUCCCCUAACAGAAAGGGGCUUUGGCAGAUUGCGGACGUAUCAUCAGCCAUCAAACAAGCCCAUGUGAACGGCGAACUCUUGAUUACCGCGGAGUUUGACCACAGUCGUCAAGAUCGUUUGUCUCCUCACAGCCUGCCGUUCAUUCUUGUAUACGCUGAUGACGUCGCCAUAACAGAACCAAACAGCAUUGCUAUGAGUUUACAGAGAUACAGUCCAUCUCCUGUGGUUGAGGAGACCAGGACCAAAGUGCACACAGCUUCCUUAAGCUCCAGAAUCAGAAGGGAAGUGGAUCACUUGCAGAAUAACUUCCUUCCUGACGUCCAAUACAACGAUCUGAAGAGCAGGGAGAUAUGGGACAGUGCCUUUUUUGCAAAAAAGCCCAAGCCGUUGUCAAAAGGCGAGGAAAAUCACAAGGGAUUGAGAGGGUCGCAGGAACUCACCUUUGAUGAGAAGACCAUGAAAAAAGCGAGACGCAAGCAGUGGAGCGAACCGCGAGCGUGUGCGCGCCGUUACCUGAGGGUGGACUUCGCCGACAUCGGUUGGAGCGAAUGGAUAUUAGCUCCGAAAGCAUUUGAUGCCUACUAUUGUGCGGGAACCUGUGGAUUCCCCAUUCCAAAGGUUGUUCAUCCAUCCAAUCAUGCGACCAUCCAGAGUAUAGUGAGAGCCGUGGGGAUCGUGCCUGGAGUUCCAGAGCCGUGCUGCGUGCCUGACAAGAUGAGCUCUCUGGCUGUGCUCUUCCUGGACUCCAGCAGGAACAUGGUAGUGAAGGUCUAUCCCAGCAUGUCUGUGGAGACCUGUGCCUGUCGAUAAGGAUAGCAAGGCCGCUAAUGUGCAAAACACAAUGAACUCAGCUCAAGGGACUGCCGAAGCACGUCAGAUGACAAAAAAUGAACAUUUUAUCUCCGCAAAUAAGACCUCGACACCUCAAAUAAUAUUGGAUCUUUGCACACAAACAUUGUAUCCUCUUUCCACUCUUUCUUUUUGAAUGAAUUGUAUAUAAUCCUUAUUGUAUCAUAUAGUAAGCCAAACUGUUUUUGUUUUGAAACAAGUACAUGGCAAAUUUAAAAGAACAUAGCGAUUUAAAUGGAUUUCUGUAAAUAAAUCCGGUAACACUUUA